AUGAAUGAUCGAUCACUAGAAAUUGAAAUAGUAAAUCAGAAUGUUGUGAAUAAUGUGCGAAAUAUGUCAUUUGAAAACAUAACACUGUCAACUGAAGAAGCUAUAAGCGAAGACGAUGAAGGAACAAAUUCCACAAGAAACAAUUCGGCAUAUUUCGCAAACAACAAUUCUACAUAUUUCGCAAGCAAUAAUUCGACAUAUUUAACAAGCAACAAUUCAACUUUGAACGACCUUUCAAAUGAAGUUAAUGAAAUAAAUAUGAUGCAAACAACUACAUAUGAUUCAGCCGAAGAAAAAAAUAAUAAAGAUAUAGAUGCGAUGAAGCAUAUAUCAACAAGGAAUAAGAGUUAUCAAUUUCGUGCUUUGACAAGAAAAACGUUAUCAUACCAAAAAAGACAGAAAUGCGUAAAUAUUUUUUGGAUAAUAAUAUGUCCAUUAUUAAUGGUAGCCGUUGCUAAUUUAGUCGGAACUGUUUUGAGAAUAAUAAUUCCUACCCCUCCAGAAUACUUGCUAUGUUCAAGUUUAAACGCAUCAAGGUUAGAUGGAAGUAAAUAUCAAGUAAAGGAGACGAAUCCUAAUAUUCCAAGAACUCUAUCAGAUCAAAUACCAAAUGCAUUACCAAAACAAAUAGUGAUAAACUAUAAUUUGGAUUAUGUGAACAAGGUGAUGCAGGAUUGCGUCUUUUGGCUUGGCAGAGAUUAUCCUUAUAGGGCUCCUUAUGAAAAUGAUCCUCAAGUUUUUUCCGAUGCUUUACGAAAACGGGAUACAACUUUUUCUCCGGAGCCACGAUUUGGUUAUUUUGGUCCUUCUGCCCCACCACUUAAUUAUAGGUAUCUUUUAUCAAAAGAAACAUUCCCAUGGGCGUACGUACGAGAUGCUCCUAACGUAUCUAGUGGUGAUAGACCUUUAGAUACUACCAAUAUCACGAAUCCAUCUCAAUUUUCCCCUAUAAAUAAUUUUAACUAUGGGACUG